AUGAAUGAAUUAUAAUUACUGAUCAUUCAUCACGCAAUGGAUGAGAAUCAAUCGAGAAAUAAUAAUCACAAUAAUAAUCAUCAACAACGUUUUCUUCAUCAUCAGCUAAUUCGGAAGAACAAGAAACGGCUGAGCCAGGAGCAGGUCCGGGUCCUCGAAGCCAAUUUCAGCUACAACAACAAGCUCGAGCCGGACCUCAAGGCGCGGCUCGCGGCGGAGCUCGGCGUGCCGCCGCGCCAGGUCGCGAUUUGGUAUCAGAACAAGCGGGCGCGCGAGAAGAACCACGGCUUGGAGGCGAGCCACCAGGCGCUGCAGCAGCAGCUCGAAAGCGUCAUGUCGCAGAAUGCCAGGUUGAAUGGAGAAGUAGACAGGCUCAAGGAGGAGCUCCGGAAGAUCCAGGCGGCGGCGCAAUACGGCGGCGGCGGCGGCGUGAACGGACACAACUUGGUGGAGAGGGAGCUCUAUGCUUCCCUGAUCGCCGGCGCCGGCGGGAGCGUCUACGUGGCGGCGGCGGCCCAAGACGGGUACAACUUCUUCGGGUCGUGAUGGGCGUAGGCAACGAAUACAUGCGUCAUGGUAAUUUUUGGUGGGUGUUGGAAUUACGAAUUUUUAAUUUUAAUUUUAAUAUUAAUGUGUAUGGAUUUGAGGAGUUGUACGAGGAUAAAUUAUACAAUUACAGUUGCUAGAUUGUCUUAAUUAUGUUAAUGUAUACAUACAUACAUAGUUUGUGAAAUUUGGUCACAUGUCUCUGAACAUAUAUAUUGCAACAAAAAGGUGGUGAAGAAAGGUAAUUUUCUUGUCGUCAA